GCUGGCUUGUUAUGGCAAUGUGUCAAUAUGGCGGCGCUGGACAGAGUGAAAGUGCUGGUGUUGGGGGACUCGGGUGUCGGGAAGUCAUCAUUUGUUCACCUGUUGUGUCAGAACCAAGUCUUGGGAAAUCCAUCCUGCACAGUCGGCUGCUCUGUGGAUGUCAGGCUCCAUGAAUACAGAGAAGGCACCCCAGAGGAGAAGACAUAUUAUAUUGAGUUAUGGGACGUGGGAGGAUCUGUGGGCAGUGCCACCAGUGUGAAGAGUACCAGGGCAGUAUUCUACAAUGCUGUGAAUGGGAUUAUCCUUAUCCAUGAUUUGACAAACAAGAAAUCUUCUCAGAACCUGUAUCGCUGGUCGCUGGAAGUCCUGAACAAAGACCAGCAGCCCACCGGUGUCCUGGUGACAAAUGGAGAUUAUGACCGAGAGCAGUUUGCAGAUAACCAGCUUCCCCUGCUGGUCAUUGGGACUAAACUGGACCAAAUCCCUGAGGCAAAACGUAACGAGGUUCUGACCCGCACGGCGUUCUUAGCAGAGGACUUUAAUGCUGAAGAGAUUAAUCUGGACUGUACCAGCACUCGUUACCUGGCCGCAGGCUCGUCCAACGCCGUCAAGCUUAGCCGGUUCUUUGACAAAGUAAUUGAAAAAAGAUACUUCUCCAGGGAUAGCUCUACGAUCCCAGGAUUCUCAGACAGGAAGCGAUUUGGAGGAUCGUUUAAGAGUCUUCACUAUGACUGAGGAAGUCAAUGGACACCGGAGAGUAUACAUGUCAACAUGAAGGCUUCGGACGUGUUUGUCUCUUUGUGUUGAGAUUUCCUCGGGCUACAACCCUGAUUGUUUGUGCACCAUUACUCUGUAACGGGAACUCACCAGAAUUAGGACUUACAGACUUCUAAUCAUUGUGGACUCAUUAAAUCUGAGCCAGCAUUCCCAAUCUGGCAGCUGCAACUACGAGAUGGGAGAGACUCUAAGUGACUCCUUUAAUGUUAAAGGAAAUAAAGUUCCUUUAGGUUUACUUUUCUGUUGAGGUCUGUUCACUAUCUGAGGCUGGUAUUUCUUUCUCUGAAAUGUUCCCAAGUAAUCUAUAAGCAUCCACCAGAACGGAUGAUCUACGUACGGUCUACAAAGAGUGAUGAGACGUAGAUCAAUCUCCAUUACAACUUUCCGGUUGUAAAAAGGUUGAAGUAGGGAUCCCAGCAUGUUUGUGACAUUAUGUACAUUGUGUCCUUUGUACGGAGAGAGAUGGCAUACGGUUAUUGUGAGAUUUGGAGGACAUUAUGAGAAAAGUACUGUCAAGCCUCUUUGCCAGGCAGCAGGUAAAGGGUAACACAAUUGGUAGCGAGUCAGGUAAGACUGAAUGUCGAUCCGUUUAGAUUUUUAUUUUCCAGUAGAUAAGCUCACUUAACCAUUUACAGGUUUAAUCAAUUCAUUAAUGUGACACAAGGGAUAAAUCUAAGUUUGCACAGCCAUAAGAUAAUUUAG